AUGACAAACGCACCUGCUUUCACCAGAAUUACUCAAGAAGAGUUCCAAAAAUCAAAAUUGUCCAAGUCUAUCGAUUUGGCUAGUGCUGCUCUCGGAAGUGCUGUUAUCAAGGUCACUGAUGAAUUCUUUGCUCCUGCUUCCAUGAUGCUUAACCCUGAGCCUGCUCUCUCUUGUCCUGACAAGUUUGUUGAAACCGGUUCCUGGAUGGACGGAUGGGAAUCAAAGCGCCAUAACGAUACCUACGAUUGGUGUAUCAUCAAGCUUGGAUUCGCUGGUGCCAUCAGUGGUUUCGACAUUGACACUAGCUACUUUACUGGUAACCAAGCACCCGCUGCCUCUGUUGAGGGUGCUUACUGCCCCGAAGGUACCGGUUUGGAAGCGGAUCUUGUUUGGACCGAAAUCCUUCCCAAGGUUGAGCUUCCUCCCAGUUGCCACAACUUUUUCCAAUUGGAACAACAAUCUGCUGUCUACACCCAUCUUCGCUUGAACAACUAUCCUGAUGGCGGUAUUGCUCGUUUCCGUGUUUACGGUGAUAUUCAACCUACUUUGCCCAAGGACAAGGACACUGUCAUUGAUUUGGUUUAUGUUGGACAUGGCGGUAGAUCUGUUCAAGUCAGUGAUGAACAUUAUGGUCCUGGCGACUUUUUAGUCUUGCCUGGUCGUGGUAGACAUCAAGGUGAUGGAUGGCAAACAGCUCGCUCUCGUGUUGAGGGUUACUCUGAUUUCGUUGUGCUUCGUUUGGGUGCUGCUGGUCACAUCUUGCAAGCCGAAGUUGAUACUACUCACUUCAAGGGUAACUUCCCUCGUCAAAUCAAGUUAGAAGCUACCAACUCCUCCGAGGUUGUUCCUCCUGCUAAUGCUGAAUGGUUCACUCUUGUUGAGCCCUCUGCUACUGGCCCCAACAGCGUCUUUUACUUUGAUACUGCUCAUACCGACAAGGUCUUUACUCAUGCCAAAAUCUCCAUCAUCCCUGAUGGUGGUUUCAAGCGUCUUCGCCUCUAUGGUGUUGUUGAAGGUGGCAAGAUCCCUCAACUGCCUAUUGUCUCUCCCACCGCUCUUAAGGGUGGCCUUGUUGCCCAGCCUUUGACCUCUGAAGCCUAUGCUCCCUAUGGUGAUGUUAUCCACUCUGAUGCCUCCAACGUAGUUACCAGUGCCAACCAAGGUACUGCUGAAAAGUACCACGGUGUUGCUACCGUCAGCAACUUGUUCCCCAGCGGUAACGGCAAGAUCAACAUGUGUAUCUUCCACUGCCGCCCUACCAACGAACUUCCUUUGACUGUCAAGCUGUUGGAAAGACACCCUUACUCCUCUCAAGCUUUCAUUCCCUUGACUGAUGGUAAGACUCGUGCUUACCUGGUCAUUGUUGCUCUUAACGGUAAGGACGACAAGCCCGACAUGUCUACCUUGAAGGCCUUCAUUGCUACUUCCAAGCAAGGUAUCAACUACCGCCAAGGUGUCUGGCAUCAUCCCAUGGUUGUCUUGGAAAACACCACUGAUUUCGCUUGUAUCGUCCAUGAAAGCGGUGUCCCUGAUGACGACUGUAAUGUAGUCGACGUUGAACAUACUCUUGUUCAUGUCCCUGGUUUCCAAGAGGAAUAA